AUGCCGGACGAGCUAGCACCACCCCGCAAGAGCGUAGAGCUGGAAGACCCCGGCGCGAAAGAGCUGGCCGACUCAAGUGACGAGCACUUCUCCGAUGCUACCGAAGGCCAGCCUGCGCGGUCGGACAUGACCUCGCCCAUUCCCAUUACACGAGUCGAGCGAGUCGACGACGAGCCAGCCCACGGCGAGGUUCCCGGAACAGACGCAUACAACAUGCGCACCCAAGACGCUGUCCCCGACGAGGUUGAGAUUGUCCCAGAAGGCGCACGAAGUCGCAGUGCCUCGCGCGUCAGCGUCAGCGACAGGCCUCUGACACCAGGAGGAACGCCAGUGCCAAAGACAAUUGUCGAGAAGAUCGACCCCGACCAGCCCAGCUACGGCGAUGUUCCCGGUACACUUGCCCACCAGCAACGUCUGGCCGAUGCUACGCCUGACGUGGUUGUCAGAGCACCGGAGGAGCCUUCCCAGGGCAGCAGCAAUCCAGGGUCACCAACCUCGCAUGACAGGUCCCCAAUAAGCCCGAGUGACGGCGCAACGGAAGCCGCACCUGAAACACUUGCCGAAGCCGACGCCGACGCCUCGAUCGAGCAAGACGACGACUUUGGCAAUGCCGACGGUGACGACGAUGGUUUUGGCGAUUUCGACGACUUUGAAGAAGGCGAAGAGGGUGACGAUGAUUUUGGGGACUUUGACGAUGGGUUUCAGCAAGGCGAGGACGAUGCAGAGACAUCAUUUGAUAAGCCCCCAGAACAGCCUCCUGUACCUGUCCCCUCGCCAGGUCCUCCCGUCUUAGACUUUGACCAACUCACAUCACUUGAAGAUAUCGUCUCAGCAACACAGCCAUAUCUUGAUGACAUGUACCCUGCACAGGACGGCAUACCCACAAUAUCCACCAAUCCCGAGGAAACGCGGUCCAUAUUCCUCUCAGAACGGAGCCAUUCAUUAUGGACGCAAUUAGUCGCACCGCCACCACUACAACCUCCCGACUGGGUCCGCUCACGCAUACGGCGGCUGUUCUUGGUAUCCCUAGGUGUACCCGUCGACCUUGACGAGAUACUCCCCGCAUCCAAACAAAAGAAGCUCAUCCUCCCUUCAAUACACAUACCCGGCGGCUCGCCGCGCCCCUCUUCAGACGGUCGAAAUAACGGCGGUCCCUUGGGACGCAUCAAGCGCGAGAACGAAUCAUCCACUUCGGUUGACUCGUCAAGUUCAAAACCAGAGCGGAAACGCAAAGGACCGCCACCACCACCCGAACUGGACAUCAGCAGUACCAUGCAGCUUUGCGCGACAACAGAUGCAGCACUGCAAGGCUUGACUGACGAGGAAUUGAAGAUGCACAUCGACCACCUAAAGGGCCUGCAAGAAAGAGCAAAAGAGGUGUUUGAGUACUGGCAGAAGAGAUUAGAAAGCGCACUAGGCGACAAGGACGCCUUUGAGCAAGUCAUCGAGAGUCUGGUUGCGCAUGCGAAGAAACUCAGGUAG